UUCCAGUGAACAGCUAAUCCUCCGUGUUCUCCUCCUCCUCCUCCUCAGCAGAUAUAAACAUGAAGCUCGGAGGGGACACUCCCAUCUGUCCUCCUCGUUAGGACACGUGAAGAAACUCACCCUGACCAACAGUUAAACUCUCAGACACCCAGGAGUGAAGAUGGCCCACGGGGAUCUCCGCGGCUCGACUUUCCCUGAAAUAGUGGAGCUGAAUGUGGGUGGGCAGGUGUACGUGACCAGGCUGGAGACCCUCACCGCGGUGCCGAGCUCCCUUCUGUGGACCAAGUUCACCCAGAACUCCCCAGGAGACCUGCCCAAAGACAACCAGGGCCGGUUCUUCAUCGACCGGGACGGCUUUCUCUUCCGCUACAUUCUGGAUUAUUUACGGGACUCUAAACUCUAUCUUCCCGAGUUCUUCAAAGAGCGGAAACGACUGCAAAAAGAAGCCGACUUCUUCCAGCUCCCGGGGCUGUCGCAGAGCCUGGCCAGCAACGGCCAGGAGGAGGAGGAGGAGGAGGAAGAGGCGACAACGGAGCUCAGCGGCUGCAGCAGCCCCGUCACCUCAGCUACUUCCUCCGACAGGACCCCGCGCUCCCCCGGGGCCGACUCUGGAUUCAUCACGGUGGGGUACAGAGGGACGUACACCAUCAGCAGAGACAUCCAGGCGGAUGCCAAGUUCCGCCGGGUGGCCAGGAUAACCGUGUGCAGUAAGAUCUCUCUGGCCAAGGAAGUUUUCGGGGAGUCUCUGAACGAGAGCCGUGACCCGGACCGCUCCCCCGACCGGUACACGUCCCGGUACUACCUCAAAUACAACUUUCUGGAGCAGGCGUUUGAUCGGUUGGCCGCGACGGGCUUCCACAUGGUGGCGUGUAACUCCACCGGGACCUGCUCUUACGGCGGCAACGACCCGGGGGAAGACAAACUGUGGACCAGCUACACCGAGUACGUGUUCUGCCGCUGAGGAGCCCAGAGUCUGGGUGUUGGGGGGGGGGUAUCUGCUGGCACAGAUAGUUACAUGUCAGUCAUUAUCAACACGUAUGCUGAUGAUAUGAAGGGAGAAGGAAAUAUAUAAGCAAACAUAUAUUCAUUUUCCCAUCUUUUGUUAUAUUGCCUGUCCUAAAUUGCAUUUUAGGAGAUGCAGUCUACGUUAAAAACGUACGCUCAAUUAAAAUUGGCGCUGUGGCUUAGUCGCCAUGCAUACAUGCUACAUACACAUUAGUACAGACUGUGUACUACAGACUUUUACUAUAAAACAACUGUACGCAUGUUAAGCUUUGGGCCACAUAAACAAUUGUGGCAGACCACAUGCAGCCCACAGGCCUCAGGUUUGACCUGAGUUAAUAAUGUUAAGUGAGAGUAGCUCAUGUUUUGUUGCUUCUCAUGAAGAAAUGUCAUGACUUUGUCUUAGUUCCUCAUUGUCGGCUGUUUCCUCUAUUUGAAAUUGUAAAAGUCGUUAGCCUCGCAAAGAGUUCACAGAAACGACAUCAUGAAAGUUCUAGUUUUAAAUGAGUUAACAUUCAAAACUUUCUUAUUAAGAAUUUAAACUAACACUGGGUUAUUAACCAUUUCACAAUUCAAAAUAACAUUUUCCUUUUUUGAAAGUAAUAGUUACUAUUUUUAGGUGUUUUUUAUUAAUAUGUGAUGGUCAAUAUUUUGUAACAAAGUGUAGUUUGUAGUAACGCUGGAUUUUUUUUUAACUUUUUCUACUUGAGGAUAAAGAACAACGGCUGGAUAAUAACAACAGACAACAACAGACAACAACACCAUCAGUCUGCAGAGCAGUGGGCCGUCACAGGCACAGAGGCAUUAAUGCUUGAUGUGAAACUGUGCGGUGGACGUGAUGUAUUUGAAUUUGUGUAGAACUCUAAUUUGUCCGACAUGCUCUGGACACGUUAGUGAUGUCAUCAGUGAUGUCAUCAACAGAUUGUACUAGUGUUUCGUAUCAGACGGUAAUUAACUGUCGUUUUUUUCACCAAUGUCGAUCUUCACUGAUCUCUGCUCAUGUUGUAAAUACAUUUUAAAAGAUCUGGGUCCGUUUCUGCUGAAGACCUGAACUGUGUCCCUUCACUACACAGUCAGAGUGUUUGACUUCAGCAGCCGGGGUGACUUCUGCUUUUCAGAUUUCAACAUCAGACUCUUUCCAAAUGUGUGGUGUCAUGGAAAGCUAGUCCUGAGGAGUUACUGUCUUCUGUCUACUACAGUCUACUGUGGUCUACUACUGUCUUUGGUCUAUUACGUUCUACUAUGGUCUACUACAGUCUACUCUGUACUACUGCUUAAUAAAGUAAUCAUUCUAAAAUGUCUAAAA